UGCGCAUAUUAGCAAGGAAGAAAAGCAGCACUGUUCCAUCGUCGGCGUUAAACUGUAAACAUUAGCGCCCCGGGUGACUUCUUCCCGACGUUGGAAUGGAAAUAUAAGGUUAGCCUCAAGGUGUGGAACCUAACAUUGUUCUUCAGUGCAUGGACGCAAAGCCAAUGCGCAGGGCCACCAGCGCACGCCAAGACGCCACUGGAAUGGACAUCACCAGCCGCUGUACUCUGGGGGACCCCAACAAGCUCCCUGAAGGGGUCCCCCAGCCUGCGCGCAUGCCCUAUGUCUCAGACAAACACCCACGGCAGACUCUGGAGGUCAUCAACCUGCUGAGGAAACACCGGGAGCUCUGCGACGUGGUGCUGGUGGUCGGCGCCAAGAAGAUUUACGCUCAUCGAGUCAUACUGUCUGCCUGCAGCCCCUACUUCAGGGCCAUGUUUACUGGAGAGCUGGCAGAGAGCAGACAGACCGAGGUCGUCAUCAGGGACAUCGAUGAGAGAGCCAUGGAGCUGCUCAUUGACUUUGCCUACACUUCACAGGUGACCGUGGAGGAGGGAAACGUCCAGACGCUGCUCCCCGCCGCCUGCCUCCUGCAGCUGGCGGAGAUCCAGGAGGCCUGCUGUGAGUUCCUCAAAAGGCAGCUGGAUCCGUCCAACUGUCUGGGCAUCAGGGCCUUCGCAGACACGCACUCCUGCCGAGAGCUGCUCCGCAUCGCAGACAAGUUCACCCAGCACAACUUCCAGGAGGUAAUGGAAAGUGAGGAGUUCAUGCUGCUUCCUGCCAACCAGCUGAUUGACAUCAUUUCCAGUGACGAGCUCAACGUUCGGAGUGAGGAGCAGGUUUUCAACGCCGUGAUGGCCUGGGUGAAAUACAGCAUCCAGGAACGCCGACCGCAGCUGCCGCAGGUCCUGCAGCAUGUCCGACUGCCGCUGCUCAGCCCUAAGUUCCUGGUAGGCACCGUGGGUUCAGAUCCUCUCAUCAAGAGCGACGAGGAGUGCAGAGACCUGGUGGAUGAGGCUAAGAACUACCUGCUGCUGCCACAGGAGAGGCCGCUGAUGCAGGGUCCACGAACCCGGCCCAGGAAGCCCAUCCGCUGUGGAGAAGUACUUUUUGCAGUCGGAGGCUGGUGCAGUGGCGAUGCCAUCUCCAGCGUGGAGCGUUACGACCCUCAGACCAACGAGUGGCGAAUGGUGGCGUCGAUGAGUAAACGGAGAUGUGGAGUGGGCGUCAGCGUCCUGGACGACUUGCUGUACGCCGUGGGAGGUCACGACGGCUCCUCCUACCUGAACUCUGUGGAAAGAUACGAUCCUAAGACCAACCAGUGGAGUAGUGACGUGGCCCCCACCAGCACCUGUCGGACCAGUGUGGGUGUGGCCGUCCUCGGAGGUUACUUGUACGCCGUGGGUGGACAGGACGGCGUUUCCUGUCUCAACAUUGUAGAAAGAUAUGAUCCUAAGGAGAACAAAUGGACUCGCGUGGCAUCUAUGAGCACCAGGAGGCUGGGCGUGGCAGUCGCCGUACUGGGAGGCUUCCUGUAUGCAGUGGGAGGCUCCGACGGGACGUCACCUUUAAACACAGUGGAGCGUUACAACCCUCAAGAGAACCGCUGGCACACCGUGUCACCCAUGGGCACCCGGAGGAAGCACCUGGGCUGUGCCGUCUACCAGGACAUGAUUUACUCCGUUGGAGGCCGAGAUGACACCACGGAGCUGAGCAGCGCCGAGCGCUACAACCCCAGAACCAACCAGUGGUCUCCGGUUGUAGCCAUGACGUCCAGACGGAGUGGGGUGGGCUUGGCAGUGGUGAACGGUCAGCUGAUGGCCGUCGGAGGCUUUGACGGGACGACAUAUCUUAAAACAAUAGAAGUGUACGACCCCGAUGCCAACACAUGGAGGUUAUACGGUGGGAUGAACUACCGGCGGCUGGGCGGCGGCGUGGGCGUCAUUAAAAUGACUCACUGUGAAUCUCACAUAUGGUAACGGCAGCUCCCCCUGCGCCCACACGCUCACCUGUCGUCACAUUGAAACGGACGCCUCUUUUCACUGACUCUCCAUAAAGAGACGCUGCGAUUCACGUGAGAAUGAGAAAAAUGUGUGUAUGAGUGUGUGUGUGCGUGUGUGGGGGGGGGCGAGAUGGAAAGAGGAGCAAACUUUGACUCUAGUUCAUCCCCGACUCCGCUCUGAGGUCAUUGACUCUAAAAUCCCUGAUCAUUGACGGCGACUGACUCUGAGAACAGAAGUCUAAGUCCCAUUAAGCUUCCAAUCGGAGAUCAAGUCCUUCUCCUGUGAUGGCGCUGAGGUUCUAUCGUCCCCCGGCCCGGCCCGACUUUUCCAUCUGCAAGAGUCUCUGUCACCUUUCCUCAUAUACAAGCCCCGCCCGCCCACACGUUCUAACCAAUGAAAUUCAACAGCCUGCGGACGAUUUCAGACCAAAUGAUGACGAGGUCGCUCCAUGCUGUCGUUCUGCCUCGGCUUUAACCUCCUGAGACCCAAGAAAGUCAAAGUUUAGGCUGUUUUU